GACCCUUGUCAUAUAUGCCAAGCGAACAGCAUUUGUUUCUUUUCAUUUGUGUCAGAAAUGAUUAAAAGUGUGUUGUCUUAGCCUUAGAAACAGCUGCUUUGCAUAACAUUGCGAAUCCGGUUGAUUUGCGUCAAAACAAAACCCAGGAUCAUGCUAAAAACCGCUGUUAGCCGCUUUUUACAAAUUAAUUCAGUGAAAUGUGGCGGCCGGGCGAAUUCGGUCCGCAAUAUCAACCUGAUUCCCAUGGUAGUCGAGCAAACUGGCCGCGGUGAACGGGCAUACGACAUAUUCUCACGCCUACUAAAGGAACGGAUAAUAUGCUUGAUGGGCAAUAUUACGGACGACAUCAGCUCCACCGUGGUGGCCCAACUGCUAUUCCUGCAAUCGGAGAACGUGAACAAGCCGAUCCAUCUGUACAUCAAUUCCCCGGGCGGCGUGGUGACUGCUGGCCUGGCGAUCUAUGACACGAUGCAGUACGUCAAGCCACCGAUAGCGACGUGGUGCGUGGGACAGGCCUGCUCCAUGGGUUCCCUUCUGCUGGCGGCCGGAGCUCCGGGCAUGCGUUACUCCCUGCCCAACGCCCGGAUCAUGAUACACCAACCCUCUGGGGGCGCACAAGGUCAAGCUACAGACAUCCUAAUACACGCGGAGGAGAUUAUUAAAAUUAAACGUCAACUGACCAAAAUCUAUGUAAAGCAUGCCAAGAACUCAUACGAAGAGAUGUGCGGGCGCAUGGAGCGCGACCACUUCAUGACUCCCGAAGAGGCCAAGGUGCUGGGCAUCAUCGACCACGUCCUCGAGCAUCCGCCAGAGACGGUCUCGGAAACUGGGCCAGCAUCGGAUGGCAGCAUAUCCGGUAAAUCGGUACCCGAGGAGUCAGAGAAACGAAGCAAGCAGGCGGCUUAAAAUUCAUCUCAUGUUAAGCCAAAAUUCAAUUUCAACUUAUAAAUCGAUUUGGAUAUACUUCAGCUUUCUAUAGAAUGUACACUUUCCAAUAAAACCAAGAAAACCUCAA